GAGCAAACGUUUCGUCACGUACGUUCACGGUUUCCUCUACAGUGUGGACGGUUUCUACAGACCUAAUGGCGACAUCAGAUGCACAGAGUUUCUGUACGAGUGUGUGACCGAAAGUGUUUACAGACGUCACCUCUGAGCGCGUUCUGUUUGUACCACAUCCGGGCAUCACGUGCAAAGCGGAUCUUCGACCACGCAAACUCUUGACGUCAUUAACGUUCGCUAUUUGAGCCGACGGCAACAACGGUCGGAUAGAAGUGUCUUCGCCUGCUUUACCAUCACCGUCAUGAUUGUGUUGCGAGUACUGACGUGUUUGACUGUAGUGUCGCUGUCAGGCGGUCAGACACUGAAUCUGUAUGAGAAUGUUACACUGAGUGGUGGAUGGACUGUCUACCCUAUUAGCGACAUCGUGGUGGAGAAUACGAGUGUUGCGUUAUGGUGCAAGCGGGAUGAUAGCGUCCUUCCUCUGUAUCAGAUUAGACCGUUUGGUGGGGGCAUUUUUGGAAACGCGUUACAGCAGUUUACGGGUGAUCCUCUGAUCACGAGUGAACCUAGGACACUAAAACUCAAGAUUGACAGUUUCAGUAAGAAAUACGAGGGCGAGUGGCAGUGCGCUAUACAAGUGAGUGAUCCUGUUCAUGGACUUGUGCCUCGCCCUGGUCCAACUCGUACGGUGGAGCUUGCAAUUGCUCCUACCAUCAGUCAGUUUACUGCUCCUAAUACCAACUUGUCGGAUUCUGUCACGAUUACUUGUGAAUCUUCUGAAGCUAAACCAGAUCCUUCUUAUCUGUUCAUCAGGCGGCAGACAGGAGAGGUGCUGAAAAAUUCCUCACUUACAAAAACUGUGAGCUAUACUAUUGACAAAGUCAAAGAAACUGAUGCUGGAGAAUACGAGUGUGUUGGUGAGAACAAGGCUGGACUUAGAAGCGGGACAGUGUAUUUUACAGUUCAGACUGUUCCUCAUACUCUCAUUGUAAACGGACAAAACACUCACACAAUCAGUCAAAUGGAGAACAUCACAUUUAGAUGCGAGUCUACAGGCAUUCCAGUGCCACGAAUUCGGUGGUUUCGUGAUGACCAAAUGCAAAAGGAUGGCGAGCAAGGAAACAGUACAUUGACUAUCACAUCAGCAAAGAAAAGCGACACGGGCACUUACACAUGUGAAGGAAAGAAUGAUGCAGGAGUGGACAUGGAUACAGUUGAUCUUCAAGUUCAAGUUCCACCUGAUGCACCGACUAACUUGACGGCGAACGAAAGAACAAAUGUUUCUAUCACUUUGUCAUGGACAGCUGGAUCUGAGAACUUCAGUCCAAUUAAUGGAUAUGAAGUGAUCUAUAGACAGACCGGAUCUAGUGAUUGGAUGAUUGCUAGAAACUUCAGUGAUGGAGCUGCAACAGAACAGCUGGUCGAGGGGUUGAUACCGUUGACUGAUUAUGACUUUAGAGUGAGAGCCAGGAAUGCUAUUGGAGAAGGAGAAUUCAGUGACAUAGAAAAACUGAUAACACAUCCUAAUGCUCCAUCUCUUGGUCCAACUGAGCUUAGCUAUAGUGAAGUAAAAGCCGUAUCAGCCAAGCUCACUUGGAAAAUUGUCAAUGAAAGUCUUUUAGCCAGCAAUGAAGGCAACAUAACAUACUAUGAGAUGGCUUACAGUUAUAAUAAUCAGGAGAAAUCGCAAGAUACAGCUGGAGUUGCCACAUCAGGGACACUGACUAGUUUAUUGAAAGGUGCCGAUUAUAAGGUGGUAGUGUAUGCAAGAAACUCGGGACCAUAUCGAUCACCUCCGUCAAACGAAGUAUCAUUUACAACUGACACAACAGUACCAGGCAAGGUGACCAGUCUUGGCACAACAGAGGUAACAGAGAACAGUCUCAAUGUUAAGUGGGAUGAACCAACAGACACUGGAGGACAGAAUGUACGUAUAAAUGGGUACAGAGUUGAGUACAGUGCUGGUACAUCAGGAGAUUUCAAAACAUUUCAAGGAAAUCAGCAAGAAAAAACGGCUCUUAUUGAAGGACUCAUACCAAGACAGGAGUACACAGUGAGAGUCACUGCUAGGAAUGUCAUCGGUUUUGGUGAUCCUGAUGAAAUUAAGAGAACAACACAAACUGAAGUUCUAGGUGUACCAGAAUUUUCGUCACAGAAUAUUGGACGAAGCACUGCGUUUACCAUCUCACUCUACUUGGAAACCAAUAAAUCGGAUAUUGACAGAUUUGUUGUUGCCUAUGUUCGUGUUGGUGAGAUUUACCACCCAUGGUUUGGACGUUCUGACAUCAAAGAUGUAGCAAACGGGAAGACAAAGAUUUUUGAGAUGAAUGAACUGGGGGAAGAAGGCAAAGUGGUGAUAGAUGGACUGCAGUGGUCAAGUGUCUAUGAUCUUGUAUUGAAGGUUGAAACACUCAGUAAAUUUAGUGCUUGGAGUGGAGUUGUUCGAGCUGAAACUCAAGAGUUGCUAGGCUUGGAAGUUACGAUUGUGAAUAAUUUUGCUCAACCGGGAAGUGUCGUUACUUUGAAGUGUGAAACUGCUUUUGGCGAUCCUGUUCAAAAUGUCAUAUGGUCAAACAAGGACGGAGAAACACUUCAAGACAACGACGACUACUCGUUUAGCGGCAACAGUCUUUUGAUUCAUGAUUUUGAUGAGGAAGAUGAAGGGGCAUACACAUGCAUGAUUCGAGGAGCUAAUAGAAUUCAAGGCACAUCAAGUCUUGUGGCUUUGACAGGAAGUCUCAGUGGCAGUAGUAAAGAUGGUCCUGCCAUUGGUGGUGGCAUUGCUGUGGGAGUUAUAGUUCUAUUGUGUCUCAUCAUUGUCGCAGUGUUCUAUUGUAGAAAGAAGAAUACACAAGAUAAAAUGGUAGCUGAAGCCAACCCUGUCCACAUGAGCUCUUACAAGUACCAAGAUCCUGAAACUAAUUUGUCACCAAAUGAUAAUGUCACAAAAUUGGAAACUUCAGCUGAAGAUCCAAUAGGAUCAUCUAGACGUUAUGAGAAACAGGAUUCUUCAUUUAGUGACAAUCCUAUGUAUGGCAUUGCAAAGCCACAACAAGUACCCGAGGAUUCCUCACCAGCUCCAGUUGCCACACCGGUUGCCACGCCCAUUGCCCCCAAGGCUUCUGUUGAAACAGUGGUCUAGUGAUGAUAGCAGAGAGAUAUUUAGUACAGUCUGGACUAGUCAGUCAUACGCAUGAAAUUCAGAGCUAUUCGCGUAGAUAGUUCAAAUUCUGUUUGUUCUCACAAUUGAUGUGUUUAGUGGAGAUUUUAUUUGCUUGAAUAGAUGAGUGGUAUUUGAUUGA